UGGAUGAUCUCCGGCGCCAAGCAAAUUCUCAAGCUUCAAUCUUUUAUUACACGAGAAAAGGCCGAUAUUGUCCCGAAAGGCCACGUCGCGGUUUAUGUUGGGGAGACACCAAGGAAAAGGUUCGUAGUUCCAAUCAUGGUAUUGAACCAUCAUUCAAGGACUUGUUGAAGCGAGCCGAGGAAGAGUUCAGGUUUGAUCACCCGAUGGGUGGUUUGACAAUUCCUUGCCGAGAAGAUGCCUUUGUUAACAAUCAUAAAUUCUGAAAAAGAUCAGAUUAUAUCAAAUCAAAAUAUAGAGACUAAAAUUUAAAUCUAAGCAAAUGGACCCCUAAGCCAAAAAAAACCCAUACCCAAAAGAAUGCUUCCUAAUCUAAAUUGAAUGAUUAAUAUUUAAAAUUCCUAUUACGAAAUUUACAAUAAAACAUUAAUAAGAGUCCGUUUAUUUACCUGUAAAAGGUUUAACGAAAAACAAUGUUUUUCCCAUGUUUGUUUGGUGGAAAACGAAUUCGUACAGUAAAUCAUUAUUCAAAACAUGGGAAAAUGAGGCUUUUUUUUAAUAAAAUGUAUUACCUUUUUUUCGAUAAAACAUUUUUCAAUCUUUCUCUUCUUCAUAUCCCGAACAAAGAAAAACCCUCUUCCCCUUCCCCUUCCCCCUUCGUUGUGACCUCGAUCCAGUGCUUGCCGCCAUCCAGCAACAAUUCUCAACACCAGUCGCCGGUAUUCAUCUUUGAUCUUUCCCCUUUCCACCUUUCUUUGCCGAAAUCUGCACUGCACCAGUCAACAAACAAACUAGAAAAUUCACCACCACUCUCCCAGCCUCAUCUUCUCUUCCUCCCAUUUUACCCUUCCCUCCGCCUAAUUUGGAGUAGAAGUGGAGAUUUCUUUGUUUUCAUUAGUUUUCUAUGCUUUCUUGCAUCUGUUCCGAAAUUAAAACUAGAAGUAAUUCAAUAUAAAGCACAACCUAUUGAAAAUCGAAAUGUAUACAUGACAUUUGCAUAUUGUAAAAUUUAAACCUAUAAUAAUUUGAAAGAAAUUAUAUACAUGACAUUUGCACAUAAUAAAACUCGAACAUAAGUUAUAAAACCCGCAAACCUCAAUUUCACUAAGACAACCAAAUCAUCAAUGGCUUACACGAUCUUAUAUGACGUAUUUGAUGAGAUUGUUGAGAUAGCAAUGGGGUUGCACACACAUGAUUGUUGAUUUUUUUUUUUAAAUAAAAAAUUAUCAUUCAAAAACAACCGCAUCACAUGAACAACCUGCAAAUUGACCAUCCAUUGAUCUCUUUUGGGUCUUUAAUUGUUAAUUAAGAUUUAUAAAUAGUUGAUCUAAUAAGGCAACCCCAUGUGAUUCUUUCAAGAGGUGGGUCCAUAUUUUGAUUAUUUUAUUAGAACCCUUGCCUAUAAAUAUAAAGCAAACCCCAACAAGCUUUUCCAAUUGCAAGACACACUUUCAUCAAGUUAAUACUGUUUUUAGUGUGUGCUUUUUUCUUUAAUUUCAUUUCAUAUAUGGGUAUUCAUUUACCUUCAAUGAUCCUCCAUGCCAAACAAGUUCUUAAGUUUCAAUCAAGGAACCAACUACAUGUGCCCAAAGGCCACAUUGCUGUUUAUGUUGGAGAAACGAAGAAGACAAGGUUUGUGGUUCCAAUUUCAUACUUGAACCAUCCUUGUUUUCUAGAUUUGCUCGGUCAGGCCGAGGAAGAGUUCGGGUUCAAUCACCCGGUGGGCGGUCUUACAAUCCCGUGUGACAAAGAUGCCUUUAUCGAUCUCACUUCUCGGUUGCAUUGUUGCUGAAAUAUGAGGACCAUGAAUGCUUAGUUUAAGCCAGAUUUUAGAAGUUUUUAGUUGAUUUUAGUUUCUUCUGCUCCUUUGUAGGAUGUAAGAAAUGUAAAUGUAGAUAGCUUUAGUUUCAUUAACAUAACUUGUUAUGAAAUGAUAAUGAAAUUUUUGGUUUUGUGAA